AUGUCUGCUAAUAACACACCUACAAAGGGAUUGGGUGGCCGCAAGCUCAAAUCCUGGGAAUUAGCUGCACAAAACCCAGUCGAUAUCCACCAGAACAUGAAUGAUUUCCUCAAGCACAUCGAACACGAACCCAUUGGCCCAGGUCUCGCAGCAAUCGCCAAACAGCUAACCUCGAUGUACGAGUCCAACGACAACGAUGCUCGACAAUUUACCCACGAUCUACAGAGAAGAUUUCAGAAGGAGUGUGAUGGAUAUGAGACCGACACUUCCAAGUUUAUUGGGGAUCUAGCCUUGGGCUUGCAGACGCGCAUUCAGAGUCUGGAGAAGGGAAAGCCGAUUCCGGAGGAUUGGCCUCAGCAGAUGGAGGAUUGGCAUAACAAACAAUUUUCCACCUUCCAAAUCAAGCUCAAGCAGAAGAAACAAAAGGUCACUGCUGUGCUAGGAGCCAAGGACACCGAGGCAGAAAAAAAUCGAAAAUCGGUGUUUGUGGACCAGGAAAGAACUCUCUUGGCGCUAUUCUGGGAUAUCAAGAAGUCCAUCGACUCCAAGGAACGCACAAUCGACGAAGUUACCAGCGCAUUGGCGCUUCAAACCCCUACAAAAGCCACUCCUUCGAGUAGUUUUUCCUCGGCUCCUCGUACUAUGUUGCCAUCUACGCCUACGAGAUCGACGUCUACGCCUAGUGGACAGAUACCUGCAGGCCCAUUGCGUACGCCGUCUAACAAACGCCAGAGGACGAUGGAUCAUUAUGAUAUGACAGCCUCGUCUGAUUCGGCUGAUUCGCCUGAGAAUUAG